ACGGAGUUACUCGCUAGCUCCACAGCCAUACUACACUGUUGUCCGGGUCGUAGAUUUUCUUGGAAGUUUUGUAUUUGUCUUCCCAGAUCUGAUAUCGGUUCUUAUCGCAAUAAAUUCGAAUGGUUGCAACAUCUUUGUCGUCUUCUCUCGCCUUAUGUCCUAUCAGCUUCUCCUGGGAUAGAAGACGUCAGAUUGAAUUCCGCUUUCGUUGUGCUAACUUGCUAGAGUCUCCAGAAGCUGUAUUGACCUUAAGCUUUGCCACUACAUUCGUCAUUGUACAUGAUCAUUUUACUCAGGUUGCCACUACUAGCGUGUCAGUGGCGUUACAUCCUUCCAUAUCCGUAACAAGGGGGAACAGGGGAGUACCCCCCCCCCCUUUCAUAGGCUAUAUAUACGGGCCUUAUGCCUCUUCAAAUCAACACAUAACUGCUUCUUCACAACCUGAGAGUUAUGAGCCCGGAAUACUUGUUCACCAAUCACGUGAUGCUUUCCUCCUAAAGUACGACAACGCGGUCUCUGUCCCUUGGCUCUCUUACAGCCAUUGUAUCCUCCUUCCUCUCUCGUCACACGCUAGGAAUCAAUCAACCUAUCUGCCGGAGUUUCUGGAUUCCUCAUUUGUUACGACAUUCGAUUGAGGUUCUCUCUACCAUCUCGGGGGUGCGCUUACGCCACCCAUACAC